UUCACAUGCAUCUCUUACUUUGUCUGUUUGUACACAUAGAGAGAGAGUGUGUGUGUUAGAAUAGUUUUGCUUCUCUGUUUCCCCCCUCUUUACCUGUACACUUAUUUCCUUCCUCUCUCAGCUCACACACACUUCCUUUUCUUGGAGUUCUGCUCUCUUCAUCUGGCCAAUAAUGGCUUCUGCUUUCUUCUUCUUCUUCUUCUUCUUCUUUGUCUGCUGCAACUUGUUUUUCUUCUUGAUGUUUGCUGUGAUAUCAUCUCCCAUGCCUCUCCAAGGCCAUGGGACUGAUCCCCAGAUCACUGUCAUGGGCAUGGUUUACUGUGAUAUAUGCUCCAACAAUUCCUUCUCCACACACAGCUACUUCAUGCCAGGUGUGGAAGUGAGAAUAGACUGCACCUUCAAAGCAAGGUCACCAAAGACAGCAGAGCAGAUAGAGUUUUCAGUGAACAGAACAACAAACAGGUUUGGGAUUUACAGGCUGGAGAUACCUUCAGUGGAUGGAAUUGAGUGUGCCAGGGAGAAAGAAAUGGGAAACUUCUGCAGGGCCAGCCUCCUAACGCAGCCGCAGCCAAAGAGCCAAGCCUCAGCCUCAGCCUGCACUCUUCCUGCCUCAACUACCACGACGGAGGAAGUCACGGUCAAAUCCAUCACUGCUAAUACCUGCAUCUACAGCCUCAGUGCUUUGACUUUCAGACCCUCCACCAGAAAUGAUGCUCUAUGUGGUUCCACUAAUCAUUAAGCAUUAGUCAAUACAAACCCCCACCCCCUCAAAAAGUCAUAUGCAUGCCUUAGCAUAUCUGGUUUAUCAUGUAAGCUUGAAGAAGAAGAGAAUAUUCUCAUCUGUGUGUGCAUCCUAGCUACCUGCAAACACACAUUUUCAUACAUAUUUGUAGUAAUACAACAAUGCAUUAUUGCCAUGUGCUCAUAGCUUGAGUGUUAA